GUGGGUCAUGUCACUGAGGCGGUAGACUCAUCGACCUGUGAAGGUACUCCGUUCCACCCAAACUCUUUAGCAGAUUCGUUCCAGCAGAGUUUCUUCGUUCUAUGUCAAAGAGUCUACAGCGCCAUGUUGUUGACGUGGCUCGCAGUGCUGUCGACAGUGUGCCAGUCGAGGGGCGCUGCUCUAGGACGACAGAAGAGCGGCCGUCUCACGGGUGAAAUCGUCUCCAUUCAUGAAUGCAAAGAGAACGGUGAAGAAAACAAUAUUCGAUUUAGCCGAAAUAUUACCCGGCUGCAUGGCGCGGAUGGCGAGUUUGGCGGGUCAACAAGUUUCGAUUUGUUGAAGGGGACGAGGGCUGUGACCAAGGGAAAUAUUCGCUUUGACUUUUGUUCGCAAGGAGUGACCAAGACUUGCGAGAACUACCUGAACUGGCGGUUUGGCAAGGACGGUUGUGAUUUGUGGACCAGCAAGUUAACACUGUGGAACAAAUUUGUAGACGCCAUUCAACCCAGUUUUGUGUGUCCUUUCCAUCCAGGACACUACACUAUUACCAAUAUUACACUCGAUGCAAAGAAGAUGGAAAUGAUACCAGUGGAGGACCGGGAGUGGUUUGUCACCCUGCAAGCAUACGGUGACAAUGAGCAACCUUGGAUGUGCACCGUCUUCGACGUCAAGUUGUUCCGCACGGGGCGACGCAGGGGACCCAAGUAGCAAGGACUUCUGCGCCCACCGAAACCGCCACAGGAUUCCU